AUGGAUUUGAAAGUGCUGGUACUAGGAGCCGGUGGUCUUGGAUGUGAAUUAGUUAAAAAUUUGGCGGUUCUUAAAGUAAGGGAAAUUCAUGUGGUUGAUUUAGACACUAUUGAGUUGACAAAUUUAAAUCGUCAGUUUUUGUUUAAAGAUGAGGAUAUUGGUAGAUAUAAGGCCAAUACGGCUGUUGACUACUUGAGUCGCUGGUGCCAACUUAAGGGUUUCCGAUCCAUUAAGCUAGUGGCUCAUUGUCAAGAUUUAUUCACUCUGCAGCCGGAUUUUUACAAAUACUUUGAUUUCGUCAUUUCUGGAUUGGAUGCAGUGGGACCUCGUAGAUUCGUUAAUAGGACGCUGGUUCAGUUGACGAGGGAUUCGAAUUUUCAGAUAUGUGUUCCCUUUAUCGACGGUGGUACGGAGGGCCUAAAUGGUCAUGUUAAGACGAUUGUUCCCGGAGUUACUGCUUGUUGGGAAUGUUCUAUAGAUACUCUACCUCAGCAACAAACUCAACAUCCACUGUGUACGAUUGCUAAUAAUCCCCGUAACUUGGAGCACGUUGUUGAAUACGUGGCAACGGUUCAACUGGCCGGCGAAGAGUUAGAACCCGGUGUGCUCUUAAAGCUGUGCUACGAGAGGGCCACUCAGUUUGGCAUAUCUACGGAUAAACUUACAGAAUCAUACGCAUGGGGGGUUGCCAAACAUAUUGUUCCAAGCGUUAGUAGUACAAACGCAGUAGUGGCGGGAUUAUGCUGCAAUGAAUUGGUCAAAAUUUACAACGACUGUGUGGAUUUUGACCGUUUGAAGAAUUUCAAGACAAUUAGUGCCACCAAUGGACUCUACAUCAAUAGUUUCCAGUUCGAUAGACUUGAGGAUUGCCCCGUUUGUAGUGGUCUUUAG